GCCGGGCGCUGCUGGGAGCGGGGCGUCGCGGAGCGGGCGGCGGGAGCCGGGCUGCCAUGCAGUCUUCCCAGUCCCACUGGCUGACAGCAGAGGAGAGGAACCAAGUUCUGCUGGAUCUCAAAGCUUCAGGCUGGUCUGAGUCAGGCGAAAGAGAUGCCAUCUACAAAGAGUUCAACUUCAAAAAUUUCAAUCAGGCGUUUGGAUUUAUGACACGAGUUGCUCUACAGGCAGAGAAGAUGAAUCACCACCCGGAAUGGUUCAACGUCUACAGCAAGGUUCAGAUCACCCUCAUUUCCCAUGACUGUGGUGGACUGACCAAGAGAGACGUGAAGCUGGCUCAGUUCAUUGACAAGGCUGCUGCCUCCGUAUAGUGCAGAGUGCCUUUCCCCACUGAAGUGGUAGAUUUCACUGGUACAGCUUCAAGUCAGGCUGUGAUGUCUCCUGUUCCUGGUGGAGGAGUGAAGCGAGUCUCACCAAUGUUUGGACGAUAUCUGCAGCGAACGGUGCAAACUCUGCUGUUAGAAAUUGAUACAGAAUGCCAAUGCUUCGCAUCAAGCCAAUAAAAUCAAAUUCCUCCUUUGUAA